AUGUUGUUCUCGAGUUGGUUCGAAGUGGGUUUGGUAUCGUGGAACACGACCGAGGCUCUUGAGGCUGGUAUGGUCUGUUGGUCGGUUUGGACUCAUCGUAACGAUUUGGUUUGGAACUCCAAGCACCAUGAUGUGAGUGAGGUAGUGGCAAUGACAAAGUUAAAUUAUGUUGAAUGGUUUAAUGCUCAAAAACUUAAUGUCACAGAUGCAAGCUUAAACUGGCCGACUGCAGUACCCGUGGAGCAAUGGACAGCACCCGAUUUCCCUUUUGUCAAAGUUAAUGUGGAUGGUGCACUUUUUUCUGCCCAAGGGCGGUAUGGACUAGGCUUGAUUGAAAUUUCUGCUGCGGGGUUGGUCUUGGGGGCCAGAAGUUUAUCUAGAGAAGGCUCUUUGCAACCUCAUAUUGUCGAAGCCAUUGGUGUCAAGGAAGCUCUCUCUUGA